AUUGAGAAGCAAUCAAUGUGUGUUAGGUACAAAGGUACCUAUCUUUGAUUAAUUUCUGAGACGCAGUCAUGAGAGAAUAAUAAUAAUGAAGGUUAGAGUAGCCGUGUUUCCAGUAUUGGUAGCAGCCCUGGUUCUGGGUACUAGGACCAUAGGUACAGAUGCUUUUAGCGAGAACACUUGUCAGGUUGAAAAGCUCUACACAUCGUCUCUACCAGCAGGAGGCGCUGAUACACCGCAUAUACAGAUACUGGGUGAUCAACUGAGUGCAGACAGGUGUCUGGCCAAAUGCUGUUCCCUCGGCCCUGAGGCAUGUCAGUACCUCUGGAUCAUUGAUACCACCUGCAUUGCCGUGGCCUGCGACAGUGAUAAGAUCAGCAAUUGUGAACCUAAAUCAGUUCCCAUCAGUAUUAGAAAAGGGUCUUCCUCUGUGUACGUUGCCUUGAAGCAUUCGACACCGUCAGCAAAUGAGCUAGAGAAUGCAUUGGAUUUGAUGAGUCGUUUCUCCUCGGAUGGCAGCAAAGGAAAAGAAGACGUCUUGGGGGAUUCCCCUCCGAUUGCAGCCACACUCACUGAUGAGAUUGUUAUUACCUUGCCAACAAACGAAGUGAACAUAUUUGGUAACCAUAGCAAAGACGAUAAGGGCAUAGCCGCCUACUCAUGGAAAUUGCUGAGUGAGCACUUUGUACAACCCCUCCUCGAGAAUGCUGACCAGGCAAUCCUUCACGCUGGAAACCUGCUUCCUGGCAACUAUCAGUUCAGCCUGACAGUGACGGACACUAGCGGCCAAUCAAGCAGAACCACUGUACUGGUGCGGGUCAACAAAGGUUCCACAUUUACAGAGGUUUCCACGACAACAGGAAGCUUAGCAAUGACCACAGUACCCAUGGAUAACAAUAACCGCCCCCUCACAACCACAUUGAUCACACCCACUAACGAGAUGGAUCUUAACGACACUGCGGACAUUGAGGAUGAAGAGUUUGACUUCUACACAAAGAGACGAAACACUCUCAAGAUCGUGGUUCCCUCACUAGUGUCCCUGGCCGUGUUGCUAGUGGCAACGGCAGCCAUUACUACGGCAUGUGCUUGUUGCUGUCAGAGAAACAAAGAUCGGAUGAGGAGGUACUACAAAUACAAGAAAUUGCCAGAGACUAUACAACAAACUUGAGACGUUCAUUACAUCCUAGCUCUCAUCUGAAGUACAUGCAUUGGUGUGUGUGUUUUGUAUACAUAGUGGAUAUUAUUAUGUUCAACGUG